UAAAGACAGCAAAAAUUAACGAAAACUUAGGUGAGCCAUAAAAUCUGAUUACUGGAAGAGAAGAAAGAGUUCCGAGAAUAAAGAUGGAUCUCUAGUUAGGGUUUUAAAUGUAACAGAACAAAGAUUUGUGUCAAGUGUGUUCUUGUUUUGUAUUUAUUUGUUUCCUAGGUUUCUUUUAAUAUUAUAUUCUUCUUCUCUCUCCUUCCCUCUUAUGGCCUCCUCUUAAAAGUGUCGUUCAUGACCGUCUAAGAGAGCGCUUUAGAGAAAGGGGAGAAGAAAGAAGUUGGCUCGUCCAGCGGAUAUACAUCUUCCUAUAUCUACAUUUAUUAUUUACUGUUUAGAACAUAUCUGUCUUUUAAGAAAAAAAUGGCGUCUGAUAUCUCGUGGGAUGAAAUAAAAAAAGAGAAUGUUGAUCUUGAACGGAUCCCUGUGGAAGAAGUGUUUGAACAGCUAAAAUGCUCAAAAGAAGAUGGAAAAUGGGGAGAGCAAGAGGCUUCAAUCCUAGUUCCGGGUGAUCUAAUAAGCAUCAAAUUGGGGGACAUUGUCCCUGCUGAUGCUCGUCUCCUGGAGGGAGAUCCUCUCAAAAUUGACCAAUCUGCUCUUACUGGUGAGUCUCUUCCAGUUACCAAACACCCUGGUGAUGAAGUAUUCUCAGGUUCAACCUGCAAACAAGGUGAAAUUGAGGCUGUUGUGAUUGCCACCGGUGUCCACACUUUCUUUGGUAAAGCUGCUCAUCUUGUAGACAGUACCAACAAUGUUGGCCAUUUCCAAAAGGCAAGAGAAGGGAUCACAGAGGUCCAUUUUUUGCCAUUCAACCCUGUAGAUAAACGUACUGCCAUCACGUACAUUGAUGAAAAUGGAAACUGGCAUCGGAGCAGCAAAGGAGCUCCUGAGCAAAUCAUUGAGCUUUGCAAUCUCCAAGAAGAGACAAGAAGAAAAGCUCAUGAAGUUAUUGAUGGUUUUGCUGAACGUGGGCUUCGUUCUCUUGGGGUGGCUCAACAAACUGUGCCGGAGAAGAGCAAGGAAAGCGAUGGUGCUUCAUGGGAAUUUGUUGGUCUACUGCCACUCUUUGACCCACCAAGACAUGAUAGUGCAGAAACGAUUAGACGAGCUCUUGAGCUUGGUGUUAAUGUAAAGAUGAUUACUGGUGACCAACUUGCCAUUGGUAUUGAGACUGGUCGUAGGCUUGGCAUGGGAACAAACAUGUACCCAUCCACUUCACUCCUUGGAAAUUCAAAGGAUGAAUCAUUGGUUGGCAUCCCUAUCGAUGAGCUUAUUGAAAAAGCUGAUGGAUUUGCUGGAGUUUUUCCUGAGCACAAGUAUGAGAUUGUGAAGAAACUACAAGAGAGGAAGCACAUUUGUGGUAUGACUGGAGAUGGAGUAAAUGAUGCUCCUGCUUUGAAAAAAGCGGAUAUUGGAAUUGCAGUAGCUGAUGCAACUGAUGCGGCGAGAAGUGCCUCUGACAUUGUUCUAACGGAACCAGGACUUAGCGUUAUAGUAAGUGCUGUGCUUACAAGUCGUGCAAUUUUCCAGAGGAUGAAGAACUACACAAUCUAUGCCGUCUCCAUCACUAUUCGUAUUGUGUUGGGAUUCAUGCUUGUGGCUUUAAUAUGGAGAUUUGAUUUUGCACCUUUCAUGGUUUUGAUUAUCGCAAUCCUAAAUGAUGGAACUAUCAUGACAAUCUCUAAGGACAGAGUAAAACCAUCUCCAGUGCCAGAUUCAUGGAAGCUCAAUGAGAUUUUUGCCACUGGUGUUGUUCUAGGAACCUACAUGGCUCUUACAACUGUGCUCUUUUUCUGGCUAGCUCAUGACACUAAUUUCUUCAGCAAAACAUUUGGGGUUAGGUCCAUCCAAGGAAAUGAGGAAGAGCUUAUGGCAGCUUUGUACCUUCAAGUGAGCAUUAUAAGUCAAGCACUUAUCUUUGUCACAAGAUCAAGGAGUUGGUCAUACGUUGAACGGCCUGGGGCUUGGCUUGGUAUAGCCUUUAUUAUAGCACAAUUGGUCGCUACAUUGAUCGCUGUAUAUGCAAACUGGGAAUUUGCAAGGAUCCUAGGCUGUGGAUGGGGAUGGGCUGGAGUUAUAUGGUUAUAUAGUAUCAUUACCUACAUUCCUCUUGACAUUCUCAAGUUCAUAAUCCGUUACUCUCUCACUGGCAAGGCUUGGGAUAACAUGAUCCAACAGAAAACUGCUUUCACAACAAAGAAAGAUUAUGGUAAAGGAGAGAGGGAGGCUCAAUGGGCAUUAGCUCAACGCACACUGCAUGGCCUACCACCACCGGAAGCAAUGUUCCAUGACAAGAACCAUGAACUCUCUGAAAUAGCAGAGCAAGCGAAAAGGCGUGCUGAGGUGGCGAGGCUGAGAGAGCUUCACACUCUAAAAGGUCACGUUGAAUCUGUAGUCAAGCUGAAAGGGAUCGAUAUUGAUACUAUUCAACAACAUUACACUGUUUAAUAAUUUAUUGAGUUACUACUAUCCAAGAGCCUUAAUCAACAAGAUGAGCUAUAUUUUCUACUUUUAUUAUUUCUAAAACAUAUGUAUCAAAAAAAAAGAGAGCAAAAACAAGAUAUAAUAUAUUUUUCCGUUGGAUGAAAUAAAAUAAAACCUAGUUAAUUACAAAAU